ACGUCAAGCCAGUAGACGCAUCAGUUUUCAAUUUCAUUUCCGAUGCGCUGUGUGUUUCGCGACUGCUCCGAGCCCGUGCUCCCCGACUCGCACAAGUGUGCAUUUCACAAGAACCGCCGCCUCUGCUCGGUCAUUGGCUGCGAAAACCAAGUCUACGCCCGCAAGCUCUGCGUCAAGCACGGCGCCCGCAAGCGCUGCUCGUUCCCAAAAUGCCACGCCUUCACACAGGGCUACGCGGCGUGCCCGGACCACCAUUUUUGGCCGCAAAAAUCAUCGCCCAAGACGCGGCCACAGCAGCAGCCGCAUGGGAGCCCGUACAGCUCGUCGUCCGACUCGAGCGCAAGAGGCCACCACCGCACGACCGUCACAUCGGUGGCUAUCGAAAACGAGGUGCCCAAGGAAGGUAUGGACGCCUUUGUCCUCGCCUUCACGCCGCAGUGGAUUGAGAGCUACGACCUCGCAUGGCUCGAAGCCGUCUAACGUCCGCGACAGCGCGUUGUGACUUGUUGUUAAUUAUUGUAAGCGUCUUGUGGACUAGGAUUAUUCCUCCGUCUAGAUAUAUAUUUGCGGACGGCUCGUGAUUGCUCUUGGCGGAUCGAGCCACCGUGCUUGCGGCGUAAACACGCGUCGUCAUUUGAAACAAUGUCGAGUCCCACGGGGAGUCGACUGUGUAUGCAGGCAAGGGGCAGCUGCCAAUGAAACGCAUUCAAAAGAG